AUGAAGAUCUCAAUCAUCCUUACCACAGCAUUCAUCAGCCUUGGUCUUGCCAGCCCGGCUUUUCAUGCGUCACCGGACAAGCGCGCAGAUUGCUCGUUCAAAUCCCUCACCGACGCCAAAAACGCCCUGGCGAAAAAUGAUCUUCAAGCUGCCAGCGAUGCACUCGAUAGACUGGCCAACGACAGGGCCUUUUGCCCUACCGCUGCUAGAAAUCUUAACAAAAAAGAAAUAAAAAGGCUCAAGGAGACACUGGCCAAAAAGAAGAAGUCCGCUGGCUGGAAGCAAACUGGUGACUGGUACUGCCCUACAUGGGCGAAAGUUGGUAGUGUGAAUUGUUACUGGACAGGUAUUGUUCACGAUAACAAGCCUGAGCCUGAGUGUAAAGGCCAUUGGGUGAAGCAACGCGCUGGAUACUUUUGCGAAAAGUAG